CACAAACACCCGGGAGACUGAAAUCGUUUUUUCCGACUCAAGUGCAAUGCUUUCCUCGAUGUCGCUUGUGUGGGUCGUGGCAUUUUUCGCCGUCGGCUCAUCGCUCACCUCCUUCCCCGAGCACAGGCAGGUGGUAAACAGGGGAGCCACUGUCAUCCUGACAUGUAGUACCGACUUUAAGGGCCCCAUAAGAUGGAUAUACUCUCCCCCUGAGGAGGAUGAUUUUGAAGUGCACCAGGGCAGCCAGCUAUCCCUCUCGAACUUUGAUGAGCCUGGCAAAUACUCCUGCUGGGGCGGAGACAGGCUCCUCGACAGUGUAUAUGUCUUCCUAGAAGACACUCCCGACAGUACAACCCCAGAACUGAACUGUUUGGCUGAGACCUACGGUUGCUCCAUCAAAUGCUCUUGGGUUGAUCCAAACUACACAGCUGUGCGGCUGAGGAAUCAACGAGACGAUGGUAAGUGGGUAUCUCAGUCCCCUGAGGGAACGUUCAUUGUGUCCCACGUCACUGACUCUGAGGAGAUGGUGCCACUGAAGGUCACCCUGGAAGCCAUCAAUGAUCAGAAAUACCUGCAGAUCAACAAGACCUUCUACCUGCGCAACAUCAUCCAUCCCUCCCCUCCUAAGGUCCUGUGGCGUAAAAAAGGUGAUGUUUUAGAGGUGGAUGUGAAUCCUGCAGACACCUGGGCCAAACCCACCAGCUACUACCCCCUGGAGUACCAGAUAGAGUACAAGAAGACAGAUAACGGGGAGACGGUGAAGCAGCUGUGCUGUAAGGGAGAGACAGCGGAUUGCUGGCGUAAAGCGAAGUGCCAGGUCCACGUUCGGGUCAGCAAGUUCCGUGUCCGUUCCCGGGACCCUCUGGUUCACCGUGACUGGGAAAGUGGAGAGUGGACAUCUUGGGAAAAUGUAACUUACUGACGCUAGUCUCCCUGUCUUUUCUCUCUCUCUCCCUCUUUGUCUGUUUCUGUCUUCUCUCCAUUUCUCUCUCUCUCUCUGUCUCUCUCUGGGGUUUCCCCUUCAGGCUCUAGCAAAGUCGCCACAAUAUUCCGUACAGUCUGCCGCCUCUGGUUUGGCGCGGUAUUGCACGGUAUUGCACUUACGAUCGGAUGAUUUAGCAAUACG